AGAGGGCGUGGCGUAUAUCCGAGAAACACAAAACCACUUGAGUGAGCAGCUGGGGCCGCAGCACUUCCAGGAAGAGAGAAACUGAAAGGGAGCUGAAUGCUCGUCGCAGAGAGAGAGGCUCCCAACGAGAGAGCACUAAAGACAGACACUCCGGCUUAAUAGUUUCAUUGAUCUGACUGGAAACACACAUCCGUUACAUACUGCCAAGCCAACCGUUACCGUGUGAUCAAUAACCCAGAAGCUGACAAACCUGCUUGUUCAAGACAUACUGCCAGAACACCACAUUUCCAGCUCAAAGACUGCCUCCCUUCUAACUUGACUGGUGGUCCCCUCAAGAUGGAAGCUGUAGGGAAGUAUGACUUUACUGCCACGGCGGAGGAUGAGCUCACCUUUCGCAAAGGAGACAUUCUAAAGAUUUUAGGAAAUCAAGAUGACUGGUUUAAGGCUGAACUUCAUGGUCAUGAAGGGUACGUUCCCAGAAACUACAUCGAGCAACGGACGCCAAGCUGGUUUCAUGAAACCAUAACAAGACAAAACGCUGAGGAAAUGCUGAUAAAAAAGGAGUUGGGAUCAUUUCUCAUCCGUGGUAGUCAGAGCUCACCAGGAGAAUUCUCCAUUUCUGUCAGACAUGACUUAGACGUGCAGCAUUUCAAAGUGAUGAAAGAUGGCAAAGGAAACUAUUUCCUCUGGACAGAAAAAUUCCCCUCCCUUAACAAGCUGGUUGACUUCUACAAGACUUCCUCCAUUUCCAAACACAAGCAGAUCUUCUUGCGGGAGGGCACCAGGGACGAGCUCCAGCAGAGCAAGCGUGGAAGCUUAGAGGAGCGUGCAGGGCCAUUUGGAAUACCUCCAAAUCCAAUGCAGUCCCGAAGGCCAUCUGAUAUUCCAUCUCAGCAGGUGAGGUCACCUCCAUUUGGUAACCCAGGUAGCAGCUCAACUCCACCUCGGCGUCAGUCUGAAGCUCAUCCUGUACCGCAAGCUGGAGGAGUUAUGCGUGUCCGCGCCCUCUAUGACUUCUCAGCAGAAGAGGUGGACGAGUUGGGCUUUCAGCACGGGGAUGUCAUUGAAGUGCUGGAUCGUUCUGACCCAUCCUGGUGGAAAGGGCGUCUUCGGGGACAAGUUGGAUUGUUUCCUAGCAACUACAUUGCCCAGCUUUGAACUGGACUUUUACAAUAGAAGGACUAUAAACGAGAACUUGGAAUGACUUGAUGUGAGGAGCAGAGAAAUUCGGAAAGAGAAAUAUCCUUAAUAUCAAUGCAUUUCUUCGUCAUGUUUGAGGAUCCUUUCUGGUUGUGAAUAAUCAGCCCCUUUUAAAGACAUGAAAAAUAAAAAAAAAAUGUCCAUUACACUAUGCUUCUCUUCAGACAUGUUUCCAGUAAAGACAAGAUUUUAUCUGAGAUAAAGAAUUCUGUCUUCAAGAAGAAAGCCCCAUUAGAUGGUGUAAACGUCAAAAAAGUAAGAGAAGUGGAGUGACUGUCUUUUUGGACCUCAAUAAAAUUCAACUUUAAAGCCAUCCUUUAUUGGACUUUGUGGAAGGCAAAUCUAAAACUGUAUUUAUUUAUCAUCUAAUCCCUAAAUUUUUCAUGUUUUUUCUUCUCUUGAGAACUUUGUUGGUUUUUAAUUGUUGUUUCUUUUACAUCAUGUUAUAUAGACCAAUAAGUUUUUGAAUGUGCACAGUGGUAUCCAUGUUUGGAGGGCAGAAUGUUUAAAAACGUUAGAACUGAGAAAAUAGCUUAUAGCGUAUUUUAAAGUUUAAGGAGCUAGACUGCUGGAUCAAGAACACCCCCCUCCAUCCCUCCCAUAUGUGCCGAUCUGCUUCCACAAGCUUUUUUUGGCUCCUUGCACCCAGCAUAAUCGUAAGAUGCUGCUUGUGGUGAUACCAAGACACGAGUAAUUCAUUUUAACCUUCGUAUUCUUUCACUUACAGAGCCUAUUAAAAGUGGGAGUUUUCACA